AUGCAUGUACUUAUUGGGCGGCAACGUUUAAUUCUUCUCUGGCUGAUGUACUUAUGGCCAACUCUGCCUUUCAUCUAUUGCAUGGCUUUUUUGUUUCGGUAUGCGACUCGAGCCUAUACAAUAUUAAUUAUCAUCACACUUGUUGUUUCACUCUGUGCAAAUAUCAUAUCAUAUGUUGCAAUGACAGUCAAACCGCAAAUCUUUCCAUAUCUGCAUGUAAGUUUCACUAAUUAUAUAUCGAAAAAUUUACGGAGGCGAUUCAUGGUCAUCAACGAAGGCAGAAAAGCAAACCUUGAUUUAUGGUAG